ACUGCACUAGACAGCCCUGACCCUUGGAUAGAGACAGAACUGUGUCUUGUGACAGUCGCAAAGUCAACAUGGACGUGCAAAGAGUUUCUCACCACAACCAAAUGGAUUAUAACUUCGACAACAUGGAGCCCAAACACGGGAAAAUGUUGCCUUGCCACGAUGACCGUUUUGAUUCCGGCCUGGAAUCCUUGAAGGAGGACGAGUUGGUGAACGAGUUUGAGGACAUGAGCGUGAAACCGAGCGAGGAGCUCACACAGGAAUACGAGCCUUGGAGGACUGCAGUGACUGAAGAUGGUGACACACUUCUACACUUGGCCAUCAUUCAUGAAGCCACAGACCAUACCUUUCAGAUGAUCAAACUGUCCCAGAAUCACUCCUUCCUCAAUGUGCAGAACCACCAGAGACAGACUGCGCUCCACCUGGCAGUAAUCACAGAGCAGCCUCAGCUGGUGGAGAAGCUCCUGAAGGCCGGCUGUGACCCGCGGUUGUCAGACGACAGUGGGAACACAGCUCUCCACAUCGCCUGCAAGAAGGGCUCUCUCUCCUGCUUUGGCGUCAUCACCCAGAACUGCCAACGCCACCUUUCCUCCAUCCUGUCCUUCCCCAACUAUAAUGGACAGAACUGUCUCCACUUGGCGUCCAUUAACGGCUACAUCUCAUUGGUUGAAACUCUUGUUCAGCUUGGUGCAGACAUCAAUGCACAGGAACAGUGCAGUGGACGGACGUCACUCCAUCUAGCCGUGGAUCUCCAGAACCCCACACUUGUCCGUCGCCUCCUUGAACUCGGUGCUGAUGUAAACUGCUUUAACUAUGGCGGCUUCACACCGUACCACCUCACCUACGGGCGCCAUAACGAAGAGAUCCGCUGCCAGCUGUACGAGAGGACGGCCCAAGAACUGAGGGCGCUGCCUGAGAGUGAUUCAGACGAGAGUGAUAUGGAGGACGUGGACGGGUCGGAAGAUGAGCUGUACGACGACAUAAAGUUUGGAAAAUAAACCGAACUGUCCCCCGUCUGGUGGUGUGAACCACACUCAAGCUGCUACAGGGUUGCCCAGAAUCAGCCCCGCAACGAGGGACACAUCAGUCCACGUCCCCCGUCCAGGCCCAGGUCCAGGUCCAGGUCCAAAGAGCUGGUCCUGGGAUCUCACAGACAUGAAUGAAGACGGCGUAAACCAUGGUCAAGUCCAGUCCAGAUCAUGAGACGAUCUGAAACCAUAAUACAGCGAGACAACGACCUCCAUGUUCUGUAAAGUGCUGACAAAUUGAUAAAGAUGUGUAAAUAUAUGUGACUGUUGUAAAAUAUUGUAAAUACAGAGAUAUUAUUUUUUUUUACCUGUACAAAUGUGUGAAUUUUAAACACUAUUAACACACAAUGUUUGAGAAUAAAAAAUAAGUUUAUUGAAUAUAAA